GCGACUGUGUGGGACUAUCUAUCUACAUUGAUUCAGCCAUUCAUACAAAAAUACCUACAUACCUCUCAUUAUCACAUAAUGUCAGCCGUUGCUGAGACCACCACCGAGCUCCCUCCUUCUGCGGGACGGGUGUUCUUCCAAGCAGCGCCCGUCGUUGGAUGCGCUGUCUCGGCACCCAUUGCGCGCGAGGACCCGGUCCAGAGGAAGCAAGGGAAAGUGACAGUGAAGUACGACAGGAAAGAACUGCGGAAGAGACUCAUACUGGAGGAAUGGAUCAUCGAACAGCUUAGCGAGCUAUACGACUGCGAGGAGGAAGAGAUGCCAGAGGUAGAGAUUGACAUUGAUGACCUCCUCGAAGUAAACAGCGAGGAUGAGCGCGCCGUAAAACUACAGGAGUCCCUUACAGACUGUUACAAGCCCACGGAGGAGUUUGUGCGAGAGCUGCUGGGACGAAUCAGAGGCAUGAGGAAACUCAGCGCUCCUCAGAAGAAAAGUCUAUAAUGGCCAGGACAUCAACACACGCACACACACACGCACGCACAUACACACACACACACACACACACUAUGCUCCUCUGUCCCUUUCUGGCACACUCUAUUUUUUCUCUCUCUCACACUUGCAGACACAUGCAGAAACACACACACACACACUGACGCAUUACACACACACACACACACACACACUCUUACUCACAUUCUGGGCACAAGGACAAGAGCCAUUGGACACGUCCCUCCAGUUCAGCACACAGAGGGGUACCAGUGGUGGCCCACUAUUACAAACAAGUAGUCAGGACUCAAUGCACAUAUACCAUAACUCCAUACGUACUGUAGUUUAAAAGCAGGUCUAGUAUAUCACAAUACAACCUCAGCUUUUCUUGCCUUGCGGGCGUCUAUGAGAACUCCACUUCCCACAAUUCAGUAUCUCUCAUAGAACCUCAGCAACCAAAAGCACACAAGCAGCAGCAUAUUGCCACGUUCCAGAUUUCAUCACAUGAAGUGGGAUGUGGGACAUAUCCUACCUGAAUUACCCACUUUUGAGGUGGGAGUAGGUUGAGUAACCAGGCGUUCCAGUGCACUUGGAGAUAGGAUAAAGUCCCAUGUCCCAGUAGUUUGUAUUGGGUCUGGAACGCUUCAUAUAUCUCAGACUUAAGCCGUAGACCAGGGCUUAACAAAGGCAAGUUUCUAAGACCUUACACUCGUAUAUACAUGCUCCCUCUGUAUCAGGAAAAACUGUCCACCUGGACAAAUCUCGGCUCGUCAAAUUUACAAAGGUGGACAAAACCCCUCUAAGCAAAUUGUCAAGGCGGAAAUUUCUCCGCUCAUGGUUUUUUUUUCUUUUUUUCUCCUUUACUGACAUGGUUUGAGUCCGGGCACAAACAUUCUCUGAUGAUCACAAAUACACUGUCUUCACUGUCAGGUUAGGAUCAGGGAUCUGGUUUAGCGAUAGUUAGAUCUCACAAAGAAAUGAGCGAAGAGUUUUGUCUGCAAAGAUAAUGAGCGGAGAUUUGUCCAGGCGAAGAUUUAUCCGACAUCACAACUCCCUUCUACUUUGGACUGUGCAACAGUACACCACAGGGGUUAUCGGUCUUUGUUCUUUCUCUUGUACCUAAAUAACGUAGCUACUGUUUAUGUACAGUUAGUUUCCAAAAAUGCUAUGGCUGUGAUCUCUUAAUACUGUAUGUGUUAUGGUUUGCUUCUGAGUUACUUGUUUUUCUCUCUUUGUUUUAUUUUUUUACUUUAAUUCAUUCUUUCUUUCUUUCUAAUGUAAUUUUUGAUCGUCAGUCCAUUGGUAGUGCACUCCCCUCAUCACUGUCUCGGAUGGUGCUCUCCUUUUCGAGUCCUCUUUCAAUCUCUUGUCACCAAGUGGAGGAGGAUGCUCCCUUUUUGUGUCCACUCGGGGGGUCGAGCUGGGACUAACCUGUGUCAACUAUAGGUCAAUGAUCAGGAUAGCACGUGCUGCGCCAAUCUGCACCAAUCACAAUGCAUUCUGGUAAAAAAUUCCAAUCCAGAAUGCAUUGUAAUUUCUUAGUGUCCAUUUGCACUGCACAGAUUUGUCCAGCAUGUGUCAUCAGGAAUGUGCCCAUACACACCCCUCCCCCUUAGCAAACCAAUCGGUGCUUUUAAUAACAAACGAAGGUGAUGGGCAGUUCAACAGCCAAUGGAUUUUUUUGAGAUUAGCCAUUAGAAUGCUUUGAUGCCCUCACAUGUAUAUAUUGCUCUCAGGAUGAAAGACUUGCUAGCCGUAUAAAAGCAUGACCUGCGUGACCUAUAGGCCUAUACUGCUCAACUCAACCCGAAGAGAGGGUUAGAGUAAGUCAACCCAGCCUGUUUAACUAACAGCUUUACAUCCGACCUUGAAACGUGCAGCUUGAGCUCGUUCAUUCAGCAAGGCAUGAUGGGAACCGUAGUCUUAAAACUUAAAGCGGAAGGGAGGCCUAGUCCUACAACCCUGCCUAGGUGGGAAUUGUAGUUUUAUAACCUCCGGUAGACGACAGGACUAUGGUUUCUAAAUGAUUAGCAGCCCGCAUGAGGAGCUCAGUUGCAUCAUUAGCUUGUUAAUCUCAUACCUUGCCUCAUACUCCCAUUAUCCUUUGAAACAAUGCCACACUAAGAAACAUAUCAGUAUAUUGGGCUACUGCUUUUCCUGCCUGCAUCACGAAUGAGGCAAAGGGGGAAUUGGACCAGUGGUUCAGGAAGUAAACAUAUUCAUUCUACCUGGACAGGGGUUAGGUAAUUAGCAGUUAGCUCACUUGCUAACUAGAAUCUUUGAUUAUAGAGAAUAGAAACAAGGUUAACACACAGCCAUGUGUUAAGUGGAUUCCAAUGCCAGACUGGCAUGGUGACAAACAAGUAGAUUGUAGGACCUUUACUUUUUAAAACCUUUGGUUGCGCAUUCUGUAUGAUCUUAACAAAUUUCCCGUAGUUAAAGCGAGACAGCGUGUAGCCUAGCCUGCCUACAUCUAAUGGUUGAUGCAGCUGUCAGUUAGAACUGUUCUUUCCUCCGAUUGGACAGAGUGUGCAAUCAGGGUAGGGCCAAAUCCUUGGAUAAUUAUACAGUAUGUAGUAGUAAUAAAUAAUGAUAACACAAUAAUAGUAUAGUUCAAUUCCACAUUAUAGAUCAAUCAGGAAGCUGCCAAAGAAGACACAAAGACUGAUUUGUUUUCUGUAGUAUCAGUGGCGAAUGAGAAAUCAUAGGAUGCAUACCAUAGUUUGCUAUCGCUAAUGUAGUUCCCAGACGUCUUCACCAUACUUUGUGGUCAUCAAGCCAUGACCUAGCAAAAAUUUUGUUGGACAAGAUGCAAUGCAAUCAAUCGUAGAAAACCAGGAUUUGACUUAAAAUGGUGCUGUUUUAGUACUUUUUAUUGUUGUAGUCUCUUUUUUUAGCAUUUCAUAGAUUUUAGAAAUUGAAGGGAUGUGUCUUGUAAGGUUAGAGUGUCACCUGGCCGCCAUUUUGUGUUCCUAUUGGCCAGUCUCUAAUCUGUGCCUUGAGCGUCAACAGGUGAGUUAAAAUGUGCUGGCAGUUCUGGGGUCAGUUGUGUGAGCAUGAUUGCUGCUGGCAAGUACCUUGACCACAACAGAGAGCCAGAGAACCGUUAGUUAUCCUCGGCCACAUGUUAUUGUUCAAGCAGGUUUCCUGGAAAACCAUCCUCGUACAACGGUGGUUGGUACUGCUGCCGUUUGUGCAAUCUCUUGAGGGUCUUCUCUAGCUAAUCAGCACUAUUUGAAAACACAGAAAACACUCAAACUGGCCUAUUCCUCCACCCGGCUAAGCCAGGUGGACUUUCACUUGACUGCCUAGUAGAUAGCACUCUAAGGAGACCCCUAAACCUAGUGUAGCAUCCUGGUGACAGUGCAUAGUGCACACACACAGACACACAGACACACAGACACAGACACAGACACACACACACACACACACACACACACACACACACA